AUGGCGAGAAUGCUGCCGCUGCACCUCCGCGUCCUUCUCGUGGGGCUCCUGCUGACCGAAACCCGGCCAGUCCGCGCGAACCGAGCGGCGACAUCGGCCGACGAGGAGAGGGACAAAGAGGGCGACGCGGAGACGCCAUGUGAGGUGAAAACCGUCACCGUCUCGACCCUGCCCGUACUCCGGGAGAACGAGUUCAGCUUCACCGGCGGAGCCUCGGGGAACGUGGCCGUUGGAGGAGGAGGAGGAGGAGGAGGGGGUGCUGCUGCUGGAGCAGGUGGCGUUGGUGGAGGAGGAACUGGAGGAGGAGGAGCAGGAGGAGGGGGGGAAUCCCGACUCCUGUUAUUCGUUAGAACCGACCUACCUGGACGAAUUUCCGUAAUGGAUGAUCUUGACAACACAGCUCUCCCCUACUUCACUCUCGAGAUGUCGGGUACGGGAGAAGAUAUUUCUCAGGUGCACUGGAAGCAACAGUGGUUGGAAAACGGGACACUGUACUUCCAUGUGUCCAUGACUGAGUCUGAGCUUCAGGCCCAGACAACACAGCCCACAGCCCGGGAGCCUGCUCAUGUCCUACAUGAGCACAUGCAUCUGCUGCACAUCUCAGUUAUGGGAGGCCUCAUCGCCCUCCUCCUCCUGAUCCUCCUCUUCACCCUCGUUCUGUAUACGCGCCACCGAUGGUGCAAGCGUCGCCGCAUCCCCCAGAAGAGCGCCAGCACGGAGGCCACGCACGAGAUCCACUACAUCCCCUCUGUUCUGCUGGGACCCCAGGGCCGCGACAGCUACCGGGGCUCUCGAGGCACACACCAGCACGGGAGCUCUGUCAUAGGUAUGCCCAUCCGCGAGACCCCGAUCCUCGAUGAUUACGACUGCGACGAGGAGGACCCAGGCGGUCACUCGCUUAACUCCACGCCCAACCAGCUCCACACCAAGCUCAGCGAUGGGAAGGUCCAGGAGGACUAUGGAGUUAACAUCGGGCACACAGACAUGAUGUGCAAGGAUAACGAGAUCAAGCAUAAUUUUGAGAAACGAGCCAUUGAACCAAACACGGAGUCAGUGGAGGACUUGAUGCAGAGGUUCCAGGACAGUUUCCGUGUUCCCAACACGCCGACAGACAUGUCUCACUACCAGCAUGUCGUGCACAGCUCAUCGACAGGCCGCCGGAGGGUCCCCAGCCACACCAGAGCAACUGGAGGUGUGUUUGGUCCUCAAGGGGAAUCAGGGUCAGAGCCUGAAGAUGACAGCCAGAUGAAGUUUUACACAGAGCAGCACAGAGGACGAAGGCGCAGCAAGGGCCACCCACACAGUCCGCUAAAUAAGGUCACCCUGACGCUGAUCACCAUCAGCACAUGUGUCAUUGCCAUUGUCUAUGCUACGCAGGAUUCCUGCCCUCUCACUGUCAAGGUUACCCUCCAUGUGCCUGAGCAUUUUGUCGCGGAUGGAAGUAGUUUCGUGGUGAGCAUGGGCAGCUUCCUGGAUGUUUCUAAUUGGCUGAACCCAGCCAAGCUUACCCUCUACUAUCAAACCAAUUCAUCCACACAGUGGGUCCAGGACUACUGCGGCCAGAGGGCCACGGAGCCCUGCGAGCAGAUUUGCGAUCAGGACACAGGAGAAUGCAGCUGUCAUGAGGGUUACUCCCCCGAUCCUGUCCAUAAACACCUCUGUGUUCGCAGCGACUGGGGUCGAAAUGAAGGUCCCUGGCCGUACGCUAACCUGGAGAAAGGCUAUGACCUAGUUACAGGAGAGCAGGCCCCAGAGAGGAUCUUCAGAUCGUUCUACAGUUUGGGCCAAGGACUGUGGCUGCCAGUCAGCAAGAGCUUUGUGGUGCCACCAGUGGAACUGUCAAUCAACCCCAUCGCCAGCUGCAAGACGGACGUGUUGGUGACUGAAGAUCCAGGGGAGGUCAGGGAAGAGGCCAUGAUGUCCACUUAUUUUGAGACAGUGGAGGACCUGCUGGCAUCGUUUGGGCCCGUCCGUGACUGCUCCAAGGACAAUGGCGGCUGCAAGAAGAACUUCAAGUGUGUGUCUGACAGACAGUUGGACUCAUCUGGCUGCAUGUGUCCUGAGGGGCUGAGGCCAAUGAAGGAUGGCUCAGGUUGCUAUGACUACUCCAGGGGCAUUGACUGCACGGAUGGCUUCAAUGGAGGCUGUGAACAGCUGUGUCUCCAGCAGCUCGUGCCCCUCGAAGAUGACCCCAGUUCCAGCAACGUGCUCAUGUUUUGCGGGUGUGUGCAGGAGUACAAACUAGCAGGGGACGGGCGCUCCUGCCUCCUGCAGUCAGACAACUGUGAGGGGCCAAAAUGCCCACGGCAAGAUGUCCACUUCAAUGACACCCUGUUUGGUGAGAUGCUGCAUGGAUACAACAACAAAACCCAGCAAGUCAACUUGGGACAGAUAUUCCAAAUGACCUUCCGGGACAACAACUUCAUUAAAGACUUUCCGCAGCUAGCUGAUGGUCUCAUGGUCAUCCCCUUACCGGUAGAGGAACAGUGCCGAGGGGUGUUGUCUGAGCCGCUUCCCAACCUGCAGCUCCUCACAGGGGAUGCCCAGUUCAGCGAGGCAGUGGGCUACCCUAUGGUUCAGCAGUGGAGAGUGCGCAGCAAUCUGUACAAAGUCAAGCUCAGCUCCAUCACUUUAUCUACAGGCUUUUCUAAGGUACUGAAGACGCUGUCGGCGGAGAGCACACGUGAGGAGCUGCUGGCUUUCCUCCAGCAAUAUGGCAGCCACUACGUGUCCGAGGCCCUGUACGGCUCCGAGCUCAGCUGCAGCAUCUACUUCCCCAGCAAGAAGGCCCAGCAGCAGCUCUGGCUGCAGUAUCAGAAAGAGGCAACAGACCAGAGUGUUGGUGGAGGUGGGCGGCGUGAGCUGAAGUCGGUCCCCUUCAUCAGCUACCUGUCGGCACUGCAGAAGAGCCAGCUGUUGACUGACGACAUGGUAAAUGGCGUCGAGAUCCGCUGCGAGGAGAAGGGCAGCUGUCCAUCUGGCUGCCACCUGUGCCAUCACCAGGCCGUGAUGGGGGGAGUGUCAGGGAGAGGCCGCACCGGUAACAGCAGGAGCGGAGAGCAGCCUUCCCCCAUCCCUGUGCUGCUGGAAGUCAGCCGUGUGGUGCCCCUCUACAGCCUGGUCCAAGACAACGUCACCAAAGAGGCCUUCAAGAGCGCCACAAUGAGCUCAUACUGGUGUGCUGGAAAGGGCGAUGUCAUUGAUAACUGGUGUCGCUGUGACCUGAGUGCCUUCAGCAAAGACGGCCUGCCUAACUGCAGCCCCCUCAGGCAGCCAAUUUUGCGCCUAGCCCCUUACCUGGAGCCCUCAAGCACAAUGGUGGCCCUGGAGUGGAUGGAUGUGGAGCCUCUGAUUGGCUGCAAAGUUUCUGACUACAUCAUCCAGCAUAAACGAGUGGAGGAUCCCUCGGAGGCAGAGGUUUACACAGGUGAGGUUCUGAGCUUGAUGGAUGAUCUGUUCUCUGGUCUGGGCUCAUCUUGUGUUGUUGCCGGGAGAAGGACUGGAGACCAUCCUCACCCUGUGCUAUAUUCAGUGGUCUUCAAGUGCCUGGAACCCGACAGUCUCUACAAGUUUACUCUCCAUGCAGUGGAUAGCCGAGGCAGCCACUCUGACUCAAGCUUCGUCUCAGUACGGACAUCUUGCCCAAUGGUGGAUGACAGCCGAGCUGAAGAGAUCGCAGACAAGGUGUACAACUUGUACAAUGGCUACACCAGCGGCAAGGAGCAGCAGAUGGCCUACAACACGCUGAUGGAGAUCCCUCCUCCGCUGCUAUACAGAGUCCAGCACCACUACAAUUCCCACUAUGAGAAGUUUGGAGACUUCGUCUGGCGUAGCGAGGACGAGCUUGGCCCCAGAAAAGCCAAUCUGAUUCUACACAGGGUGGAGAAGAUCAGCCACUACUGCCGGUCCCUCCUACGCAGCACCCACAUCCAGAGCCGCACCGACACCAUGGCGUACAUCUACUGCCGGAGCGAAGAGGGCCGACCUCCCAGUAACACGUGGCACGGCUCUUUACAUGAAAGCCGCACCACCUGCAUGGAAAAGCUCAUUUCUGUACAGCGUAACACAUACAGCAACACCAAACUCCGAUGA